AUGGCAGGACCGAGAGGUAUCGUGCCCUCCCUGGACACCAUCCGAGACUUCCUCGCGAAACCCACCCCAGCCGGAAGCAAGAAGCCGAACCUCGUCCCCAUCUACCGCCAAAUUUCCUCCGACCUCAUCACCCCGUCCGCCGCGUACCUCAAGGUCUCGACCCACGCCCAAAACGACUCCGAGUACUCGUUCCUCUUCGAGAGCGCCGCCACCGAAAGGGUUGGCCGAUACAGCUUCGUCGGCGCGGGACCCCGCAAGGUCAUUACCACGGGGCCCGGCCACGGCGAUGAGACGGAUCCCCUGCCCGGGCUCGAGGCCGAGCUGGCCAAGUACGUCGUCGCUAGCGUUCCCGGCGUGCAGCUACCGCCCAUGGCCGGAGGCGCGGUGGGCUACGUCGGCUACGACUGCGUGCGGUACUUUGAGCCCAAGACGGCGCGCCCGAUGAAGGACGUGCUCAAGAUCCCCGAGUCGCUCUUCAUGCUGUUCGACAACAUCGUGGCCUUUGACCGCUUCUACGGCGUCAUCAAGGUCAUCACCUACCUACACGUGCCCGAGAGCGAGGCCGAGCUGGCGUCCGCCUACGACGCCGCCAAGGCCCGCAUCGACGAGCUCGUGGCCGUGCUCAACGCCCCCGAGAUCCCCCUCCCCGAGCAAGCACCCGUCGAGCUAGGCCAGGAGUACAAGUCCAACAUUGGCCGCGAGGGCUACGAGGCCCACGUCACGACGCUCAAGAAGCACAUUCCUGCACCCCUUCAACAUCUACCGCCACCUGCGCACCGUCAACCCUUCCCCUACCUCUUCUACAUCAACUGCCGCGACUUCCACAUCGUCGGCGCCUCGCCCGAGCUGCUCGUCAAGUCCGAGGGCGGCCGCAUCAUCACGCACCCCAUCGCCGGCACCGUGCGCCGCGGCAAGACCCUCGAGGAGGACGAGGCCCUCGCCGAAGAGCUGCGCAGCUCGCUCAAGGACCGUGCCGAGCACGUCAUGCUGGUCGACCUCGCCCGCAACGACGUCAACCGCGUGGGCGACCCUUUUACCGUCCGCGUCGACCACCUCAUGGUGGUGGAAAAGUUUAGCCACGUCCAGCACCUCGUCUCCCAGGUCUCGGGUGUCCUGCGGCCCGACCAGACCAGGUUCGAUGCCUUUAGGUCCAUCUUCCCCGCGGGUACCGUCUCGGGCGCCCCCAAGGUCAAGGCUAUGGAGCUCAUUGCCGAGCUUGAAAAAGAGAAGAGAGGCGUCUACGCUGGCGCCGUGGGGUACUUUGGGUACGGCGGCGUGGAUGAGAACGGCAAGGAGAUUGAGGGUGCCAUGGAUACCUGUAUCGCGCUGAGGACCAUGUUGGUCAAGGAUGGUGUAGCUUAUCUCCAGGCCGGUGGCGGUAUCGUCUUCGACUCGGACGAGACCGACGAGUGGGUAGAGACCAUCAACAAGCUUGGCGCCAAUAUGCAGUGCAUCACCUCGGCCGAGGAACUGUAUCACGAGCAGCAGCAGCAGCAGCAGCAAUAG